AUGGCGGCUCCAGAAAUAGUGGAGGUGGAGCCGGAAGCCAGCACCAGAGGCCCUGAGAUAGUCACCAUGGGGGAGAAUGAUCCUCCGGCCGCCGAAGCCCCCUUCUCCUUCAGAUCGCUCUUUGGCUUGGAUGACUUGAAAAUAAGUCCCGUGGCACCAGACAGUACGCGGUGGGCUGCGCAGAUCUUGUUCCCUGCAUGCCCUUGAAGUUUUUUUCCGAUCAUUGUCAUUGGGAUCAUUGCCUUGAUACUGGCGCUGGCCAUCGGCCUGGGCAUCCACUUCGAUUGCUCUGGGAAGUACAGGUGCCAUUCGUCUUUCAAGUGCAUCGAACUGACAGCUCGGGCGAACGGGGUCCCUGACUGCAGGACGGGGAGGAUGAAGUACCGAUGCGUGCGGGUGAGUGGCCAGAGAGCCGCGCUCCAGGUGUUCACGGCCGCUGCCUGGAGGACCAUGUGCUCUGAUGACUGGAAAAACCACUACGCCAAGGUUGCCUGUGCCCAGCUGGGGUUUCCCAGCUAUGUAAGCUCGGACCACCUCAGAGUGGACGCACUUGAGGAGCAGUUCCAGGGUGACUUCGUGUCCAUCAAUCACCUCUUGCCAGAUGACAAGGUGACCACGUUGCACCACUCUGUGUACAUGAGGGAAGGCUGUGCCUCGGGACGCGUGGUCACCUUGAAGUGCUCAGCCUGUGGCCUGAGAACCGGCUACAGCCCUCGCAUUGUGGGUGGAAACAUGUCCUCGCUUGCCCAGUGGCCCUGGCAGGUCAGCCUCCAGUUCCAGGGGUACCACCUGUGUGGGGGCUCCGUCAUCACCCCUCUGUGGAUCGUCACCGCUGCACACUGUGUUUACGACCUGUACCACCCCAAGUCCUGGACCGUCCAGGUGGGUCUUGUGUCCCUGACGGAUAGCCCCGUGCCCUCCCAUCUGGUGGAGAAGAUCAUCUACCACAGCAAAUACAAGCCGAAACGGCUAGGCAAUGACAUCGCCCUCAUGAAACUGGCUGAGCCUCUCACAUGUGAUGAGACCAUCCAGCCUGUCUGUCUGCCUAACUCGGAAGAGAACUUUCCUGAUGGGAAACUGUGCUGGACGUCAGGAUGGGGGGCCACGGAGGAUGGAGGUGACGCCUCCCCUGUCCUGAACCACGCGGCUGUCCCGUUAAUUUCCAACAAGAUCUGCAACCACAGGGACGUGUACGGCGGCAUCAUCUCCCCGACCAUGCUCUGUGCAGGCUACCUGAAGGGCGGUGUGGACAGCUGCCAGGGAGACAGUGGGGGCCCCCUGGUGUGCCAGGAGAGGAGACUGUGGAAGCUGGUGGGUGCCACAAGCUUUGGCAUUGGGUGUGCUGAGGUGAACAAGCCUGGGGUCUACACCCGCAUCACUGCCUUCCUGGAUUGGAUUCAUGAGCAGCUGGAGAGAGACCUGAAGACUUGA